CUGUCAGAGUUAUUUGUCUCCUUUGAGGAGCAGCCUCAGGGUGCAGCCUCCUUAGCUCAGGUCCACAAGGCAGUGUUGCAUGAUGGGAGGACCGUGGCUGUCAAGGUCCAACACCCUAAAGUCCAGAGACAGAGCUCCAAGGACAUCAUGGUGAUCGAGGUGUUACUGCGAGCGGUCCAUUGGCUGUUCCCCGACUUCGCCUUCAUGUGGUUGGUGGAGGAGGCCAAGAAGAACAUGCCGCUGGAGCUCGACUUCCUCAACGAGGGGCACAACGCCGAGCGGGUGGCCAAAAUGCUGGGACACUUCCCCUUCCUCAAGGUUCCCAUGAUCCACUGGCAUCUGUCCACAAAGAGGAUCCUGACCAUGGAGUUUGCAGAGGGGGGUCAGGUCAACGACAGAGACUACAUGAAGACACACGGCAUCAAUGUCAACGAGGUAACUGGCAUGCAGCUUACAGACACUGAGGGUUUUAUUAAGUGAGGAUCCAGGUUCAC